CACUCUUUUGGUUUAUAAUAUUGUUACGCCCGCGCUGCUGUACGAUUACUGAGAAGGCCGCGUGGCGUUCCUUGACGACGGGCUGCUAUUUACAAACAAGUGCCUUUGCGACUAGAUUCCGAGCUGUCAAACUGUUCGGACGUAUUUCUUGCAAUUCUAUCACUGUGUUCUUGUAUUUGUGUUACAUUAAAGAGCCGUGUGAGUUUUCAGUGGUGUUACAAUUUAUUUCAAUCGGGAGUGCGUGUAACAUUUUGGGGGCUCGUCCGGGAUCGGACGAGCGGAUAUCGGAACGAGCUUUAAGGAGAGAGAGGGAGAGAGUCCGGAUGGUUUCGAGGACCCCGACACGUCCGAGCCCGCGAGAUAUUUCCGUUGAGGAGGGAACCGAAAUGCCCACUACAAGGAAAAGGGCUCGAGAGCAGACUUCUGAAUCUACGAUGUCGGAGACGGCGGUACUGCAAGCCGUUCUCCAGGAGAUGCGUGCGAUACGUGAGGAGCAAGCACGAAGGGAAUCGGAAUUUGCAAUGUUGUUGCGGCAGAGAGAAGAAGAGCUUUCUCGUUUACGAAAUUUCCAGCUAAGUCCUUCUAAUAAUAGAGCCUCGGGCGAUAAUGUAUUGGGGGCCGCGUCCGCGGGGGACACGUGCGGGAAUCGUGCGCGAACGGAAUUGGGUUUCAAAUUGAAGCCUGACACUUUUGACGGGACGGUUCCGCUGCGGGAGUUCCUCUCUCAAUUUCUCCUAAUCGCGCGCGCGAACCUUUGGGACGACGCGUCGAAAUCUGUAGCUUUGGCCGCGAGUUUAAGGGGGGAAGCGCGAACAGUCUUAGAAUCGUUAGAGGACGUAGAGGUUUUUAGUUUUGAAGAAUUAAAAUCAAAGCUCGAGUUGCGUUUUGGGGAGGGAAUUCUUACUCAAAAUUCUUAUUCUCUUUUUACCAAUAGAAAACAAAAAUCUGGGGAAAGCCUGGCUGCUUUUGGAGCUGAGUUGGAAAGGCUUUCGCGUUUAGCAUAUCCGGAGUGUCCUUUUUCGGUGCGGGACAAGAUCGCAUGUUCGCAAUUUAUUUCCGCCGCAAAAUGUUACACGCACUCCCGAUUGAAAUAAAUUGUAACACCACUGAAAACUCACACGGCUCUUUAAUGUAACACAAAUACAAGAACACAGUGAUAGAAUUGCAAGAAAUACGUCCGAACAGUUUGACAGCUCGGAAUCUAGUCGCAAAGGCACUUGUUUGUAAAUAGCAGCCCGUCGUCAAGGAACGCCACGCGGCCUUCUCAGUAAUCGUACAGCAGCGCGGGCGUAACAAUAU